ACGCGUGCAGUCAGUGAAAAAGACGCGUUCGCUCCUUCCACAGGAGCGCACAGCUUUGAGAGGAAUCCAGUGGAGGGAGAGAAGGGAAAAAAACUAGUCAUCGGGUUGUAGCACUUUCAGACGAGUUCUUUCCACCUCCUUUAAUAUGCUGGCACAGAUAACAGAUUUUUUGUAAGGCACUUUGGGAACUGUUUGUGGGACAAACUGCCUGCAAGGGGGGCAAGAAAGGCGGCCAGACUGAGCCCAUAAUGCGGACACAUCACAUCUCAGUAGUUUGUCGGUAUGAACGCAGCGCAGCGGACCCCGAGAAGCAGCUUUCAUGGAUCCACUAGCUGACUGCAUUUAAUUUCUUUUCAUUUUUUCGAAUCCAAGGGAAUUUUUUCUGACUUCUUCAGUAAAGCAAAAGCAAAGGACCGUGGAUUUUCCAUCUUUUUGGGCGUCGAGGAUUUGUUUUUUUCCUUUUCUGUUGGGGGAUGUGUUUUACUUUUGGAAUAAAUUAGGAUAUGCAUUCUUGUGUUUUCCUCAGUUAGACUUUGUCAAGAACCUGGAGAAAGGAAUAAACCUUUAAAGAGCUGGAGAUAAUAGUCUAAUUGGAGUCUUAACAAUUUCAACAUGAAGUCUGGCACACUGUGGAUGUGCUUCUGCGUUUUUCUUGUGCUCUUAGGUUCUUUGGAAGGCUCUUCAGCUGUUUUAGUGCCCAUGGCCAAUGAAUCCCAAGGAUCUCCUGGCACCAGGUCUACACGUGAGACUCAGUCACAGUGGGUAGACUGCAUCCAGGCCAGUGAAAUGUGCAGCCAGGAUUCUCGCUGCAGCCCUCGGUACAGGGUGAUGCGCCAGUGCCUCGUGGGCAAGGAGAAGGAUGCCAUGCUGGAUAACAACCGGGACUGCAAGGCUGCCCUGGAAGUUCUGCACAAUAGCUCUCUGUAUGACUGCCGCUGCAAGAGGGCCAUGAAGAAUGAGUUGCAGUGCCUACAGAACUACUGGACCAUUCACAUGGGUCUCAAUGAAGGUGGAGAUAUGGAAGACUCAUCUCCGUAUGAACCUGUAGCCCCCAACCGGCAACCCGACAUGUUUGGCUUGGCUUCCAUCUCUUCAGGAAUGCACACACUGACCCCCAAGCCCUUCCAGUGUCCUGAAGGAGAGAAGGAUUGCAACCCUUGCCUUAACGCAACUAAGGCUUGCAACCUAAACUCCCUCUGCAAGAGGCACCGCAGCAGCUACAUCACUACCUGCAGCCGGAGUGACACCAAUAAAGGAGAGAGCUGCAACAGGAAGCGCUGCCACAAGACUCUGAGGGCCUUCAUGGACCGCGUGCCUCCAGAGUUAAGCCAACGGCUGAUCUUCUGUCCCUGCCAGUCUGAAGGGUGUGCCGAGAGACGCAGGCAGACGAUAGUUCCUGAUUGCUCUUACACAGAUAAGGAGAAGCCUAACUGUCUGGAGCUGCGACGAGUUUGUCGCGCAGAUGCACUCUGCAGGUCUAGACUAGCUGACUACAUAGCAAAUUGCUGGACGGCUCCAAACACCGUGGGAACCUGCCCCAACCAAGACAAUCACCAAGCCUGUUUGAACUCUCUUGCAAGGCUCAUCGGGACGGAAAUGACCCCCAACUAUGUCGACAACAGCUUCACCAACUGGACCAUCUCUCCAUGGUGUAACUGCAUAGGAAGUGGAAACCAAGAAGAGGAGUGUAUGAACUUCAUGCGGUAUUUCACUGACAACACAUGCCUAAGAAAUGCUAUUCAGGCAUAUGGGAUGGACGACACGGUGAUCAAAAAUGUGACUGUCUCUGAGCCUUCAGUAACAUCAAAAGCAAUGAACGAAUGGAUGGACAGCAUCCCAGAAAAUCCCAACCCUAACCCUUCCUCUUCCCCUGCAAUUAGUAAAGAAAGGAACGGUGGCCUGGCCCUGGGAGAGGAUCGCUCUCCCUGUCUGCAUGCCAACGUCUUGGCUCUGCUUUCCAGCCCGGCUUUGGCUCUGAUUUUGGCUCAGCUUGUCUUGUAGAACCGCCAGGAGGAGAAAAAAAAAGAGGUCAUGCAUCCACAAGCUGAUCCCAAAAGCAGAAGGUGUCAUUUCUGAGACUCUUAAUAAGAAGGCCAAAUCGCUGGUGACAGUUGACGCUGAAUGAAAUUUGUAAAAGCGGACGAGAUAGGAGGAAAUUAAUAGCAUUUUAUAACUGAGAGUUUGAGGUUUGCGUGACGCAUUGUCUGCGCAAAAGGCUUUCUAAAGGACCUUUGUAGAGAAUGCUGGUAAGACCACUCAUUGACUGUCUCAUAAAAACACUGAAACUGAAGUUGUUGCUAAGACUUCUUCACUUAAAAAGGAAAAAACAAACAAACAAGUGAACAUCAAUACAAGAACAAGAGACUGAAAAUGAAUUAUUGUGGAGAGAAACCAGGAGCAUGAAGUAUAUAUAGCAAGAGCAACAAAGAAAGAGACUUUUUUUUGCCUUGAACUGGCAAAAAUCUUUACAUGAAAGACCAGAGCACAAAUUUAACGGUGUGGAUGUAGGAUGAUUACAUUCUGUCUUUUCAGCGCUAUUGUAAACCUUACAGACUGUAAAGCCUUCUCAGUGUUCUGUGUGUUGGUAUAAUCUGUGACCAUAAUCAAUCUGCAGUUCGGAGCUUUCAUUUGGUGCCACAGUAUAAUCCUCAAGCUGAUGGCAAAAAGAACUAAAGCUAAAAGUUAAUGGUUCUGUGCUCAUUUAAGGUAAUGUUGUUGACCGUGGGUGUUCAUCAUGCGUCCACCUGCAAAUGUGUGUGUAAUCCAGUCUCCAUGUAUAUAAACAGCAUUUUCUUUCAUGUAACUUAAUGAUAUCUAGUAUUUUGAAAAGGACAUUAUUGUAUGCUAAGACUGCUCAUUAUGGGUGCUGAUGGAAGGCCUUCAUUAUCUACAUUUAUAUUUGUCUAUUAAAGUUUAAUCACAAAUGUAUAAAGCGAUGAGAUUAAAUGAACUCAGUCUUUAAAAGCCA